CUGAGCCGGUCGGUUGCACACAGUCAGUGAGGCGGUGGCGUGGAUUCAUCGCUGUCUUUUGCUCGGAUGUCGAGAUUUAAAGAAAUGGUCUCUUGUCUCUCUCCGGAUUGAAUGCUUCAGUGACUACAAUCUUGAGAGGAGAAGUCUGGCUAAGUGGUAAAGAUGCUCUGUGAAGUUUAAUUGAGUGCAGCAUGGACGAGGCUGCCAGCCAGCUGGAGAGAGACCAUGUUCACAACGUCUACGAGAGGAUCGCACCGUACUUCAACGACAGCCGUUACAAGGCUUGGCCCAAGGUCAAGCAGUUCUUGUUGGAGAAGGAGCCUGGCAGCAUUGUGGCUGAUGUAGGAUGUGGCAAUGGCAAAUAUCUGCACAUCAAUGAGAGUAUCUUCAAACUGGGCUGUGACGUGUGUCGCCCAUUGGUGGACUCUGCGUGGAGUCAGGGUCACGAGGUGCAACUUUGUGAUGGCCUGCGUUUACCCUACAGAGACGGCUGUUUUGACGCAGUACUCUCCAUUGCAGUAAUCCACCAUAUGUCCACCAAAGAACGGCGUAUCCGAGCAAUAAAGGAGAUGGCACGCACACUGCGCGUAGGCGGGCGAAUCAUGAUUUAUGUUUGGGCCAUGGAGCAGAAGAGGCGCAAGUUUGAGAAGCAAGACGUCUUCGUUCCCUGGAACCCCAGUCCCCCUCCUUCUCCUGCCAUGAGAGGGUCGGGUCGAAACAGACUGCGAGGUAACAGAUACAAAAGCGUCAAUGAAGACCCUGAUUCCAGCGACAAACACAGGAAGGUGAAAAGCACAUCCUCCAUGGUGGACGAGGGCGACCUGACCAGCCCCUGCCAGCAGAAGCAACAGAGGCUUUGGUUCUUCUCCAGAUCUCUGGAUUCCGUGCUGGACUUUGGCAGCCUGACCGUGUCCUGUUCGUCUUCCAGCACUUUACAAACCUCUGUCGAUGAGGCGGCGGAGAGAAAAAGCCGGCGAACCUGUACCAGGGGUCUCAUCAGACAGGUUUCUAACCUCUUUUCAUCUUCCGCCAGAACAAGUCUAGAAGAGGACGUCUUCAUCUCCGAUCCCCAUGAACAAGUCCAUAAAAUUGACAACAGCAGUGCUAGUAAUGGGGAUAAGGUUGUGGAGCUUGUCCAUGAUUGUUCCUCAAUACCACUGCCUGAUUUGGUGUCCUACCAACGGGAGCAUUCCAAUAAUGAAGGACAUGGGGAGGUAGAGAGUAUAUCAAGCAGACAAGAGCUCUUGCAGAGACAGGAAAGUAUAGGAUCUCUUCAAGAAAGUGGAGGGAUGAAAGAAUGGAGCAGCGAGCAGCUGAAGGACUCUUGUCUGAGGUACUACCAUGUAUUCAGGGAAGGAGAAUUGACGCAGUUGAUUGAAAACCACGUAGAAGAGCUCCACGUUCUGCACACCUACUUGGAUCACGCCAACUGGUGUGUAGUAGCCGAGAAGAUCCAUGUCUGGACGUUUUAAGUCUCAUUUUAUGUCCAUUUUAAUUCAUUAUAUUGGUUUGGAAGUCUUUAAACAUUUUAGUUUGAGAUUUUAAGUAUUUGGAUAAGAUUGAAUGUAUUUAGUAUCAAUGGCAAUAACAAGCGAGGUAUUGAAGCUCUGACUUGAUCGCCAGUAUUAGUCUUAUAUAUCCAUACUAAAGCUAUUAGUCGUACUAUAUUUCUAUGCUAAAUUUAGUUUUAAAAUGUGUCCCUUUAUGCUAAACAUUCUCUGUGAUGUCUUAAAUUUUGUUUGGAAUUACAAAUAAUCUUAACUUGCACUGAGUUUAAUGGUGUCACUGUUAAAUGUCUUAAGCAAUGCCUGCCUGAAACCGAAGCAUAGCACAUUAUUCUGAACCAAACAUUGUGAGCACAUAACUAGUUUUCCUAUUGAAUGCUCUGUUCAGGUGUUUAGUUGUUGUGUUGUGUGGUUAGUGUUAUCCUAACCUAUAAGCUAUAAACCGUUGUGUAUUGCAGAAGCUUUUUAACCAACUUUUAACUGCUUGUAGUCAUUUGCACAUGAAUACCCACCUUGAAAACGUGUAAUAUUUAAACAUUCUAGUGCUGGUAUUGUUUCAGAUUGUGUAUGUUUGUAUAUUGGUGUUACUUGAUCGUGUCAAUAUGUCACAAGGGUCUUUUAAUUUUCCUUUAAACUUGAACCAAAUAUUUUUUCUGUGUGCACGUUUUGAUUGUUAAAUAAAACAUUUUGUUUUU